UGCUAAUUUUUGGUCCCGCAAUCUCAUCCAGGUUUUCGCGGCUUUCUCAAGACCAAUUUUUGUUGGCAACAUUGCUAGUUUUUGAUUGGCUAUACGAAGUUCUUCGACACACUGCUCAGGAAAAUAAUGGCAAGAGCAAUUACGAGAAAGUUUUAUUUUCUUCUUUCCCGACCUCAGUUUGCACGGCAUGCGGUCUCGGCCAGGGCGAUUCACUUCGUCUACCAGCCGGACACGGCUAAACCACCUGUGUCCGGAGAGACAAUCAAGCAAAACAUGUUCAUGGCGAUAAACAGCGCGAUACACUCUGCUCUCGAGAAGGACGACUCGGCCAUAAUUUUCGGCGAAGACGUGGCCUUCGGCGGCGUGUUUCGCUGCACGCUUGGCUUGAAGGACAAAUUCGGUGCUGACAGAGUGUUCAACACGCCCCUCUGCGAACAGGGCAUCGCUGGAUUCGGCAUUGGAGCCGCAGCUGCAGGCGCCACAGCCAUCGCCGAAAUGCAGUUUGCAGAUUACAUGUUCCCGGCUUUCGACCAGAUUGUCAACGAGGCGGCCAAGUACCGUUACCGAAGUGGAGGACUCUUUGAUUGCGGGAAGCUGACAAUUAGGUCUCCUUGCAGUGCAGUGGGGCACGGAGCUGUCUACCACUCGCAGAGUCCUGAAGCCUAUUUUGCUCACACCCCAGGGCUAAAAGUUGUGGUUCCGAGAGGCCCCAUUGCUGCCAAAGGCCUGCUGCUCUCGUGCAUCAGAGACCCAGACCCGUGCAUCUUCUUAGAGCCUAAAGUUUUGUACCGCACAGCCGAAGAAAUGGUGCCCAAAACGGAAUAUUUUAUUCCGUUGGGCAAAGCACAGGUGCUCACCCCAGGAAACCAAGUCACCCUGGUUGGAUGGGGCACACAGGUGCAUGUUUUGCUUGAAGUUGCUAAAAUGGCCAAAGAGCAGCUAAAAGUGAGUUGCGAGGUCAUCGACCUGCAAACCAUCCUCCCUUGGGACAAGGAUACCGUCUGCCAAUCAGUGAAGAAGACCGGACGCGUUAUUGUCGCCCAUGAAGCGCCCCUCACCUGCGGCUUUGGGGCAGAACUGGCCGCCACCAUUCAGCAAGAGUGUUUUUUGAAUUUGGAAGCUCCAGUCACUAGAGUCACCGGGUUUGACACGCCCUUCCCGCACAUCUUCGAGCCGUUUUACCUGCCAACGAAAUGGCGCUGUCUCGAGGCAGUGAAAAAGAUUGUCAAUUUCUAGUUUCAAUUAUUUUUGUGCCAUGAGGAGUUGCUCACAUGCUACGCCAUGACUUGGAUCUUGCUGAAAGCCUUAAUUAGGUGAUUUAAAUCUGUGCCUUUAAGAAAAUAAUUAUAUUAUGUACCUCAAAAACAGAUCUUAUAUUUACUGUUAAAUCAAAUGGAAAUAUUUUUGUUAAAAAAGGAUUCCUCCAAGAGUUAAAAUAAAUUUCUAUCAAUGGUGUUAAAA